AGAGACCUUAUUUACUUUUCUUAUUUACCACAACCGUCUUCCAUAACCCAUCUACAACACAUUCGGUAUCUGCAAUACGACGAGUUAAACUAAGUCUACUUGCUAGUGUUCGUUUUUCCUUAUCCGAAAGUCGCUAUCAUUUGUCGCGAAGGAGAAAAACAAAUAUAGGAAUCCCGACUCACCUUUUCAUCUAGCAAUAUCCAACAUGAGCUCCACCGAGAACACCGAACCCAAGGUCGGCGAGACCAAGCCUCCCGAGAUGGCUGAGAGCAAGCCUCUUACUUCAUCAUCUGUCUUCUCCAUGUUUGGCGGCGGCGCAAAGAAGGAGAAGAAGGAGGAUGAUGACCGCGGUGACGUUUCCGGUAGCGCCAAGGCCCAGCGCGAGGCCGCCGCUGCUGCGAAGGGUGACGACGAAGAGGAGGUGGCUCCCGAGUCGGAGGAUGUCCACUUCGAGCCCGUCCACAAGCUCACCGAGAAAAUCAAGACGGUGACACACGAGGAGUCCGAGGAGGAGAUAUUCAACAUGCGAUGCAAGAUGUUCAAGUUCACUCAGGACUCCGAGGGCAAGGGCGAAUGGAAGGAGCGUGGUACUGGACCCCUCCGCCUGCUGAAGCACAAGGAGAACGGCAAGAUCCGUCUGGUUAUGCGACGAGACAAGACCCUCAAGGUUUGCGCCAACCACUACAUUACCCCGGAGAUGACGAUCGCCCCUAUGUCUACCAGCGACCGUGCUUGGCUCUGGAAUGUGGGCGCUGAUGUUAGCGAGGGUGAACCUGAAGCUAUUACCGUCUCUGUUCGCGUAGCUAACGCUGAGAAUGCCCAACUAUUUAAGGAAGCCUGGCUCAAGGCUCAGAAGGAAAACGAGGUGCUCUUUUCCCAGGCAGCCCAGGCCAAGACCAAGACCGAGACAGAGGAGCCCGAGCCCAAGGCGGAGGAAAAGAAGGAGGAAACCGCCGCUUCUUCGUAAUGUGCCGGUAUUCAUAGUGUCGACGAUGGUGUUCGCCCGAAAUCCAUUGGGUGUUAUGGACUUCCAAUCACUCAUAAUCCCUGCAUGGUGGAUGUAUAGAGCAAGUGCUCCGUAGCAGAUGAUUUGGAAAGUAGGGCAUGU